CGAGGGCGAGUUUGCGGGCCCGCUCCACUCCGCUGCGGAGACCUGCGGGACCCCCGCGCGAUGUGCCUCCUGCUGGGCCCGACGGGCGCCGGCAAGUCGCUGUUGGCGAAGCGCCUGCACAAGCUGAGCCUCCGGGACGGAAUGGAGGACCUGGGCGACCUGCCUCCGACGCGGCCCACGGUUGGCACUAACCUCACGGACAUCGGGGCGCAGAGGCAGGUCACCAUCCGCGAGCUGGGCGGCUGCAUGGCCCCCAUCUGGCCCAGUUACUUUGGAGACUGCAGGGCUCUCCUGCGAUCUGCCCUGCUACAUGAGCACAGUGGAGAUGAAGUCCCUCCUCAGGCUGCCGGACAUCCUGGCCUGUGCUCCACAGAACAUCAGCGUGGUGGAGGUCAGCGCUCUCCAAGGGAUUUGUCCCUUCCACCUUGUCAGUCUAGAAGCUCCUCCCAACUGGAUGCUGGGGUUGACCCUGGAGGUGCGCACUGCAGAGCUGUGUCCAACUCUGUGCACCAGCUCCACGUCCUGCAGCCAAAGCAGCACACCCACAGUGACAGGGUCUCCCUGUCACAGGAAGAACAUCUGAGCCAGACAUGGGGAGACAGUUUUAUUUGCUCCAGAAGGAGAAGCUCUGGAGUGGAUAUAUAAGAGGCAUGUCUAUCUGUUCUGGGUGCCUUUGCACUGAGUUUCUUGCCGGGCUGGCCUGGCUCUUUCCCCUGUAGUAGCUUGGUUAGCCUGAGCUGAUUCUGGGCCCAAAACACAUUCAUAAGGAGAAACCCCUCAUGUUAGAAAUUGAAGC